AUUGCCACGUGUCGUGUUCAUGCUAAUUAAGCUAAAUAUAACUAAAAAUAGAAAAGUAAUACGUGAGGCGAGAAUUUGAAUCGACGGCUAGUAGCCCGCUCAAGCCGAGAUCGAACGGCCCAGAUUCUCCGAAGAACCAGGAGACGAGCUCGCCCUCCAGAAAUCCGAAAUUGGGGCCUUUUCUCAUCGCAUGAAGUCCACAAAUUCCCAAUUUUCCAUUUUCCAUUUUCCAUUUCCAUCAGCUCUGAGACUUUAGGUGCUUCAAUCUCCAAAUUCUGUGCUUCAAUCUCCAUUUGCGCCGGAAGAAAUCAUGGGCAAGGGUCCUGGUCUUUACUCCGACAUUGGCAAAAAAGCCCGAGAUCUUCUGUACAAGGACUAUCAGAGCGACCAUAAGUUCUCCAUCACCACCUACUCUCCAACCGGAGUCGCUAUUACGUCAUCUGGAACUAAAAAGGGUGAACUCUUCCUGGCUGAUAUUAAUACCCAGCUGAAGAACAAGAACGUAACAACUGAUGUCAAAGUAGAUACAAGUUCGAAUCUGUCUUUUACUGUCACUGUUAAUGAACCUACUCCCGGGCUGAAGACCAUAUUUAGCUUUAAAGUUCCUGAUCAAAGGUCUGGCAAGGUGGAAGUACAGUACUUACAUGACUAUACUGGGAUAAGUACGAGUAUUGGGUUGACGGCCAACCCUAUUGUCAACUUCUCAGGUGUGAUAGGAACUAACAUUGUUUCCCUGGGAACUGACCUCACCUUCGACACUAAAACUGGGAAUUUCACUAAAUGCAAUGCUGGAUUGAACUUCUCCAAUGCAGACCUUAUUGCUUCAUUGACGCUGAACAACAAGGGCGACACCCUAAAUGCAGCCUACUACCAUGCAGUGGACCUUUUAAAGAACACAGCCGUUGGGGCUGAGGUAAACCAUUGCUUCUCAACCAACGAGAACACCAUAACUGUUGGCACCCAGCAUGCAUUGGAUCCAUUAACCACGGUGAAGGCACGAGUGAACAACUAUGGCAAGGCAAGUGCCCUAGUUCAACAUGAGUGGCGGCCAAGGUCUCUUCUCACCAUUUCUGGAGAGGUGGACACCAGGGCCAUUGAGAAGAGCACUAAAGUUGGCCUUGCCUUGGUUCUGAAGCCAUGACUUGCGUGUUUGCUCAUUCUAGCUGGAAGCAAGAAGUUUGGCACGAAUAUUGUAGUGCUUUGUGUUUGGUCUUUCUUCCAUCACGGUGUUUAAUUUUCCUCAUUUUGAAUUGUAAAAAUAAUUUUAGCUGGUGUCAUGGACAUAACAAUACUCAGUUCGAGUUCAUACAUUUUCCACUUUCCCCCUUAAAGCACACGACGAGUAGCUGUUAACAGGAGAGGUUUGAGUUGA